UUUUAAAUAAUACAAUUUUAGCAGUUUGAUCAUUCCUGCAGAUAUGAACAUUGCUUUUUAAGCCGGUUUUUCAUCAUGGCGAAACUUGUUUCAGUAAAAUCGCUUUAAUCAAUGCCACAGGAAUAUAGAAAAGAAGCGUUUGAAGAUAUUAACGCUAGUAGUAUCAAUGACAUUGUCAGGCAAAAAUAGUUUUACUGCAAUUCCUUUAUAACAUAAACACGUUUUAGCUCGUUUUGGUUUAUUAGCUUUCAAAAAGUCAAAUGUAUGAUUUAACUUAAUUUUUUUAAUUUGAGAAAUUUGCGUGGAACAAAACUCUCGUGCGGGACCUUUCCAGCUGUUCGGUGACAUCACUGCAGCCCCGCCCACCUGGGCGGAGCCACCAUUGUAAACAUGAAUAAAAAUGAACGCGCGAGCCGGGAAACUUUACAAUCGGCAGUGCACAAGAACAACACUUCGCAGGCCGUUUAGAAACAAGCCGCUUUUACUCGAUAGCUGAAAGCCGGGUGGACUUUUACUUUUGGAUGCACACUUUCUCUCAUAUUAAAGGAUUCGUUUCUCGUGCGCUUUUCUGACAGAUUCCGCGAAGAUGUUGCAGGCUUGUUCUCCAUCGCACGAUUGGCUUUGCGACUCCGAGCCGCUGCUGUUUGACGACGAGUUUUGCUUGAGUCUCAUGAAGGACUUGCAGUCCAUCCCCACGCCGCCCCAGUCCCCUCCGAUGAAAGCCGGGCUCGCAAAGGGUUUAUCCACGGUGGAUCAGUUGGAGUUAGUAUCUGAACUUUUAAUGGAGGACAGCGACUUUCUCCAGCUGGACUGGAACUUUACCGGCAGCGCUUCAGCAGCUGAUUCGGAUCCGCUCUCGGAGGACUGCCUGUGGCAAACCGACAAACCAAACGAGGAUAAACUCUUAGCGGUGCUCUCCACGGGUCCCUUGCUCUCCGAUAUUGACACUGAGAUUUUUGCCGAAAUCGCCGGCUCUACGCUGGACUGCCACAGUGUGGCGCUCGCCUGUCAGGCUCUGGAGAGCGAAGACUUACCGCUGGACAGCCAGGAGCAGAUCGAGUCCACGUCUGAUUAUGGCUCACUGUCCACUGGAGGAGAAUCAUCCGCAAGCGAUUCUGAGGAGGAGAUUGAUGUUGUGACCGUCCGGCGGUCGAGCACGCUGACGCGUUCGCAACACCAGCAGCAGUUGGAGGACAGCAGGCGUGAGCAGCAGCGUGCUCUCAAGCGCUGUCACUUUGAAAUCCAACAACAGCACAACUAUGCCGCCCCACGGCCCGCCUCUCCUCCGCCCCCACCCUCCCCUUGUUCCGCACCCCCUCUCAAACGCUCUCGAGGGUCUGGAGACUCCCACCGAAGCGCGCAGAGUGCGGGACGCUCUCGCAGUCUGGCCUCCCGACAGGGGGUGGACACGGAGGACGAAGAAGAGAGACGGAGGUCGCACAAUGUGAUGGAGAGGCAAAGGCGCAACGAGUUAAAGAACUGCUUCCUUAGUCUACGGGACAACGUCCCCGAACUGUCCAAUAACGACAAGGCGUCCAAGGUGGUAAUUUUAAAGCGGGCUAAAGAAAGUAUCAGAAAUCUGGAAACCGAGAACCAGAGACUGACGCAGAAGAGCGAUAAACUUAGAGAACGACAAGAACAGCUGAAAGCCAGACUGGAACGGCUCAAGCGGUUGUGAGGGUCUGGGACUAAAAAAACACCAGUUUGGUCUCUAGAUAGUGGUCUAGGACCCUGCUGGUUUGAGGACUGUUAACACUUGUGACUGACUGCAAAGACUUCAAUAUCUCUAAGGGGAGAUUCUGGAUUUUUUUCCCGUUUGGAAACAUGCAUGGUCAAUGCAAAAGAACGUUCUCAGUGUUGUGACUUUACAUUGUGCUAAAGUCAUUUAGUUCUUGAGUCUUAAUAUGAAGCAGUUUCAUAUACUCUAUGUUGGAUGAAUAAUCAGUUAAAAGCAUAGUUAGCCUUAAAAGAAACACCCUAGAAGAUCCUCACACAUUCUACCUUUUGGUUCUUGGCAUACGUUUCUUGUAAUAUUUUGGGCUGGAUCCAAAGGUUGUUAAAAAUAAGGGGUUGAAUGUAAUUUGCAGAUGAUUACGUUUUUAUAGACUAAAGUUUGCAUUUGUUGAUGUUCAGACUGGAUAGAUAAACUAUAUUGGAUUCAUGUUCAUGCAUAGCUUGUAUUGUUGAGUUCUGGAGUUCUGGAGUGUAUUCAUACUUGAAUCUCACUCUGUUUUGACUCCACGUGUCUUUACUCUGUCAGUUAUUGUAUGUUCCCUCCCACUUCUAUGUUUAUCUACCUCUACCAGGAAGAAACCUGGCUAUUUUAUUGCCUUCAUAAUGGCAACUGUAUAAAAUGUUUCUUCAAUUUUUUUUUCAUGAAAAUACCACCUGUUAAUUAUGUAUCAUAAAUUAUUUUUAGGCUUUUUCUUUUUGGUUCAUUUGCAAAAAAAGAGGUUCUGUUCAUCUUCAACUGCACUUUGUUUUAUAAAGUAAUAAAGAAUGAGCAAGAUGA